CCUUGUUCAUCCUGGGACUCAAUGGGGAUUCAAAGCCACGUCACUUGUGCCCCGGGUGGGUGCCCGAACCACAGGGCCACUCACUCUCAGGGCGAUGGCCAGGCACAGCUGGUCGUGAUUUUGAGGUGGGCAGCGUAAUCCGGCCAUGGCUUCACCCUGUAGGUCCCGUGCUGCCUCCCCUGGGGUCCCUAGAGAAAUCUGUGGGUGACUCGUCCAUGCACAGGCCUGUGUGUGGGGCAGUCUGGGGGGGAGCUGCCUCUGGCCAUGCCGAGCAGCCGCCAGCUCCGGGCCAGCCGGCCAGCGAAGGCCCCAGUGCUGCAGGGGGCUGGCAGUUACAGGACAGAGCUGCCCGUGGGCAGGUGUCCUGCCCGUCCUAGCAGAGCCGUGAUGGCCACUCGUGCCGUGUGUGCCCGGCAGGCCCAGUGCAGGAGGGUGAGGCAGAGGGGCCGCCGGGCACGGCAAGGUGAGCAGCCCCCUUCUCCCCGCAUGGCUGCCGAGCUCGGGACACGGUCCGGCAGGCCCCCCGCAGCUCACCGUCUGCUCUGUGUCUCCUCCAGCCCCCUCUGCGCUCCAGGACCAGGGAGCCCGGGAGAGGGAGCCGUCCCUAGGGCCCAGCUGCCCGGCACGGCCCCAGGAGCUGCCCUUGGGCCACGCGCUGCGCACGGUGGAGCGGUACAUGCAGCACCUUGCCCAGCACCUGGGCGAAGUCACCGGCCUGGCAGCCUGGAGGGCUGAGUUCCCCAAUGGUGCCUCCAGCUCUGUGGACUCCUGCCCCUCCUCGCUGGGCAGCUGCCCCUACUGCUCGGGAAGAGACGCUGCCUGCAACCCGCGGGAGCCCUGGGAGACCCUGCCCCUGGCACCCCUGCCGCCUCGCCCGUGGCACCCAUUCCAUUACCCAGGAGCAGCUGGAAACACACCACGGGCUGGCAACUCUCAGCCCCUCCCCAAGCGCCCUGCUGCGGGGGCCCGGGGCCAUCGGGCGCGGAGCCCAAGGCUGCCCAUCCUGGGCCAGGGCGCGCCGCGCAGCCUGGAGUUCAGCAUGCAGUGUAACCACCUGUGGGGGGCCCCGACGCCCCACACCGAGUCCCCGGCCCCGCUGGUCCCCAGCGCGCCUACCCUGUGCCCGGGGGCCAAGGGCACCAGGGCCAGCGUCGCCUUCAGCACAAGCAGGGUCUCCUUCCGGAGCGCCGAGGGGCACGAGGAGCUGGAGUGGCAUGUUUUGAGCCAGCAGCUCUGCCAGGAGCAGAACUGCCUCUGCCCAGCGUCCUAUGGCACCCUGCCGUCCCUGACCCCGCGCAGUCCCAAUGCCCAGCCAACGGGCACGGAACAGGGCUUAGAACCACACCACGGACUCCAUGGACUUUCCAAGACCCAGAUAGCUGGUGUCAGCCCCCUGCAUCCCCAGCAGAGCCAGGAGUCCUGUGCAUGCAUCCCAGCAGGCUCCCGCUCCCGGGCCGUGCUGGGCCACCUCACCUUGGCCAAGGUAGCCAGGCUGCAGGGCCAUCUGGCCAGGAAGAGCUUGGAGUGCCAGCUGGAGGUGCUGCCACGGCUGGUGAGGCGGUCCGAGAGCAGCGCUGCCUCUGGCCCAAAAGCUGCACUGCCCAGAUCCGUCCGCCCCGGGGCCCAGGCCGGGAAGCCCUGGGGUCCGGCAUUCCCAGCCAUGCCGAAGGAGUCCAUCCACAGCCUGGAGUGCAAGACCCUGGCCUCCCUCUGGGGCCUCCCCACACUGCUCACGGAGCCCGUGGCCAAAGGGCCAAGGAAGGAGGAUGCUGCUGUGGUGGGCAGCCAGAGGCAGGCAGAUGAGGACGGGCACAGCCAGCAAGAGAUACCUUGGCAUAUCUGGGCCUUCCCCAGUGCCCUCCUGCAUUUGCUGAAAGCCCUCCUGCUGCCAGCGCCAGGCGAGAGGAAGCCCCAGGCCCGCGCUGACACCGUCCGGCACAGCCAGGAGCCCUGCGUGUGCACCGUGGCACUGCCCCAUGGAGAUGCCGGCCGCACCGUGCCCCACACCCGCACUGCCCUGGACAGGCUGAGCCCGCAGGCGGCUGCCAGGCUGCAGGCCCACGGGGCGCGGAAGUGUCUGGAGAUCAAGGCGGGGGCAUUGCCCGCCAUGGUGAGUGCAUCGCAGGAAGCCGCCCCCGUGGGGAAGCCGCCGGCCCUGCCCGAGCUGCUGCACCCAGGCCAAAGACACCGGCAGCCCCGCCCCAGCACGUGCCCAGCCCUGGAGCCGGAGGCAGCGUGGCGUGUUGAGCUCAACAUCCGGCAGAAGGGGCUGCUCUUGCUGUGGGGGCUGCCUGGCUUGUACACGCAGUCCUUGGCCCGGCUGGUCCCCAGCACCCCCCACCUGCCUGCCCCCAGCGCUGUGGGGCGACCAGGGCUGGAGCUCGUUGAGCAGGGCACCCCCUUCCUGAGCGCCACCUCCCGCCACAACUUGGAGUGGCACAUCCGCAGCAAGAAGCUGCAGCACCAGUGGGGCCUGCCCCCCCUCCUGCAGCGCUCCCUGGCAGCCUUCCUGGCCCCAGUGCCCCUCCCCAGCGCCCUGCCAGCCAGGCGCCCCCGGGAGGUGGCCAUCGGCCCCCAGGAGCUGCCCUUCCUUUGCAGCAGUGCCCGGAGGGAGCUGGAGUCUCAUCUCAUCACCAUGCAGGCUCAGCACCACUGGGGGCUGCCUGGCAGGGUCCAGGCCUCACUGCAUCGGUUCAUGCCACCUGCCCCGGGCCACGCGCCAGCCAGCCGCCCGCCCACCCCGGGCCACGUAGCAUCCGGCCACCCGCCCACCACAGACCACACAGCAUCUGGCUGCCCGCCUACCCUGGGCCACGCGCCAGCCAGCCACCCACCCACCCUGGGCCACGCCUCAGCCAGCCACCCGCCUGCCCCGGGCCACACAGCAUCCGGCCACCCGCCCACUCCGGGCCACGCACCAGCCGGCCGCCCGCCCACCCCAGGCCAUGCAGCAUCUGGCCAUCCGCCCACUCUGGGCCAUGCACUAUCCAGCCGCCCGCCCACCCUGGGCCACGCACCAGCCAGCAGCCCGCCCACUCUGAGCCAUGCACCAGCCAGCUGUUCGCCCACCCUGGGCCAUGCAGCAUCCGUCCACCCGCCUACCCUGGGCCAUGCACCAGCCAGCAGCCCGCCCACUCUGGGCCACGUGCCAGCCAGCCAUCUGCCCACCCUGAGCCAUGCACCAGCCAGCCGUUCACCCACCCCAGGCCAUGCAGCAUCCGGCCACCCGCCCACCCUGGACCACGCAUCAGCCAGCCAACCCCCAUUCCAGCUCUACUUCAAGAAGGGUGAAUGUGCCCACUCCCUGCCGAGGAUGCCCAGCCCGGGGAAGCCAGAGACCGCACCUUCCACCUCCAAGCCGCUCCCCAGGGCAGUGGGCCCGUCGGGACCCAGGGCUGCCGGAGAGGAAGAUGGCAGUGUAGUGCAGCCCAGAGGGCAGAGUGGCUCACGGCGCUCCCCAUGGCCUGUGCAGCCUGGAAUCACAUGCAGAGACCCCACCCAACCCCACAGCCAUGGGGCUGCCCGCAGCAUCCCCAGGCUGGCCCUGCAGCCGGAGCUCUCCGCCAUUGGAUCCCGGCGCCGGACCCCACGCAUGACGCAGCGCCACCCGAAGAAGCGCGUUGUCCUGAGGACAGACAGUCACCCCAAGUUAGGGGCACAGGGCAGCGAGGGCCCCUCCUGCCCCAUGCAAGCCGGACACCCCCAGGGUGCCCGUGCCAGCCCCGAGUGGCUGAUCCGUUCCAUUGUGAAGUCGCUGGGCACUGAGCGGGCAGCGCGAGACCUGCAGCUCCGGCUGCUGGGCUGGGGCCAGUGGAGCGUGGAGUACCCCGUGUGCCUGCAAUGCUGCUGCCUGGAGGGCACCUGCCCCCAUCACCCGACGCCCCAGGGCCAGCGCGGCCCCCGCCUCGUCGUCUACCCCCAGCUGAGCGUGGGGCGGGGCCGCAACCGCCUCCACAUGAGCCUGGGCUUUCUGCUGAGGAUCAAGAGGAAACAAGCCUGUAAGUGGCAGCUAAUCUUGGAGCCCCCUGCCAAGGUGGGGCCGGGCAGGGCCUGGGAGGGGGCACCCUGUGGGCAGCCCAGGAGCCAGCAGGGCCCAGGCGGAGCCCUGGGUGUCCAGCACCCCAAGGAGCCGACUCCCUGCAGGGCGUGCAGCCAGGCCACCAGGCCGAGUGCCCCACCCUGCCCGACCACACCUCACUCCGGCCUGGGGGCCCAGCGCAGGGCUCCCUCCUGCCAGCUCCACGAGGGGUCUGCCUCUGGCAGUACCACGGAGCCGCCCGGAGCCGCGGCCGCAAGGGCCCGGGAGCCCCCCCGGGACCCGAGGCCACCAAGAGAACAGAGCUGUGUCCGUGCCCCCCCCAGGGCAGUCCCAGGGGCACCAGCGCCCCAGAGCCAGUCCCAGCCAUCAGCACCACAGCGGGGAGCCAGCCCCGCGCCCCCCCUGGCCGAGGUGCCAAGAGACACCAGCUUUAAGAGACUGUUCAUGUCUGUCCAGCAGGCCUGGGCUAAGCUGUGGGGCAGACCCAAGCCCAGAACCUCCCACCGGAGAUCGGGGGACCCGGUGGUGCAGCCAGCCCCCAGCAGGCGCCCCCACAGCACUAAGGUCUCCAGCUGA